AAGUUAAAUUUAAGUUAAGUUCACAAGAACGGAGUCGCCAGUCGGAACACAGUCCCACCGAACACAAACGCAGUCUCUCUCUCUCUCUCGCAAGGGUAAUUAACUUUGAACUCCACCCUCAGUCGCUGAACAACAAUGGGCGGCGACGUGCGCUACGAGAUCGGGCAAAACGCCUACAUCAAGCUCGUCCUCCACGCCCUAAACCACAAGACCUCCGCCGUCAACGGCCUCCUCCUCGGCCGCCUCUCUGCCAACAACAACGACGUCGUAGAAAUCACCGAGUCCGUCCCCCUCUUCCACUCCCAGAUCGGCCUCCUCCCUCCCCUCGAGAUCGCCCUAAUUCAGAUCGAGGAGUUUUAUAGAGCUCAAGGUUUGGAUAUAGUUGGUUAUUUCCACGCAAACGAGAGGUUCGACGACAUCGAGCUAGGUAAUGUUGCUAGGAACAUCGGGGAUCAUAUACAUCGUUACUUCCCUCAAGCAGCUUUGCUUUUGUUAGAUAACAAGAAACUUGAGGCUUUAUCAAAGGGGAAGGACAGGAGCCCUGUGGUGCAGCUUUAUACAAGAGAUUCAUCCAAGAGUUGGAAGCAAGUCGGAUCAGAUGGAAGCAGCCGAUUGGCCAUCAAGGAACCGUCAGCAAAUAUAGUUCUUUUGGACUAUAUUUCAUCUCAGAAAUGGCAGGAUAUCGUUGAUUUUGAUGACCACCUCGAUGACAUUAGCAAGGACUGGCUGAAUCCAGAACUCUUCAAGUAAUCAUGAGCAUCUGGCACAACGUGCAGUUUUUCAUCACUGAUUAUUCUCAGUAGUUUCUUGUGCUUCAAUUUUGGCCGACCUUGGCCCAUAAAUUUGACAGCUGAGAGAGUUCAUGGUUCUUGGGGAAUUUUGUGGAUGUACGAACCGAAUAUUUGACAGCUGAAGAUUGUUUAUUUAUAAACUUUUGUCUUUUGAUUUAUGAAUGCUUUAGUUGAA